AACAUAAUUUUAUAUUUAUAUAAUUGAUAUUUUAUUAAAUAAUAGCAGGAAAGUUCAUAUUCAGUAAAACCAGUUACACCAAAAACGAGUAAAAGAAAAAAUGAUGAUGAGUCAAAAGCUAGUACCUAGUAGUAAAAAGACCAAGAUCGGAAAGCAAUCGGAAUCAUACAAGGAUACUUUUAUGGAUUUGAUUUCAAAAGAAAAAUUUGAAAACGAUGUAUCGAACACAUUAACCAUGAAGGAAGGAAAUAGUUCAUACACUUUUGAAUGUCCUGUUACGCCACACUGUGAAGACUACUAUGUCAUUCAGCACUAUAAAAUUAACACAAUUCAAAAUAUUCCGUCAGAUGAAAGAUGGAAACAUGCGGAAGCUAGUAUUAAAAUUCAUACAUCUAGUAGAGAUACAAAAGAUUCAAACAUUUCAAACAAAAUAUCAAUGAUGUUCUUCGAGAAAUAUUGGACCGGGUUUCAGCAGAUCCUAAGAAAAAAAUUAUCAAAAAUACUAAAAAGGAAAUUAAUCACAAUUUAAAUGUAUAAACUGUUUUAUUAAUAUUA